ACAGACGUGUCCCCGCGACAGCACCUCGCGCAGUGCAGAGAUUUACUCCAGCAAGACCAACCAGUGGACGCUCGUCCACCCGAUGCCCAAGGCACUCAUGGGCAUGGCGGCCGUCACGGUCGACAACAGCAUCUGGAUCUUCGGAGGCGUUACCCGCGACAGCGAAGGCUCCAGCAUCGAGGACGUCACCUACGUUUUCGAUCCGCGAACGGACGCCUGGGUCACUCGCUCACCCAUGACAAUGAGGAGAGCCUUUUCCUCAGCCGUGUCCGUGCAACGCGACAUCUGGCUGGUAGGCGGCAUUGUGAAUCUGCGGCCGCUGGAGUGCACCGACCGCAUCGACGUGCUCCGAGGGGCACACGACAGCUGGGAGCCACGCGCCGCCCUGCCUUUGCCCAUGCACUCCAUUCGAAUCGUCAAGACAGGCUCUGAGCUGUAUCUGGUGGGCGGCCAGACUAUCGUCAACAGCCCACGUGGGGAAGUAAUCGUGUUCAACCGCGCAGAGCGCCGCUUCGUGAAGUGCACUGAGACUCCGAAGACCCUUAUCGGAUUUGCAGCCGUGUUACUGCCCCGGGCUUCCACGGUUCUGCGUCGCUAUCCGCUGAUGCGGCAUCCUUCGAAAGUAGUCACAUCGCGAGAACCCUCCAUGACUCAGUGGCGGCACACGAGCCUGAAUGACCUUGUACCAGUGCACAUCGAGAAAUGGCCACCCAGCCAGCCUUCAACAACCACCGUGAACGCCGACGAUGGUACCGGCGAACACAGCACGAAAAAGUACGCGCACUAUGCAACGUUGCGCGCAGACAUGGACCCGAACCUUGGGAUGCUCCAGCACAUGGACGGCUCCUUCCUGAAAACAAGGCUUGCCUUGGGACUCCGCAUGACACCCGAGUGGAUGUCGUCUGGGCUCCGCCAGCUCAAACAGUCGCAGCUGCCGUGCGACCCAUGCUUCCCGGUAAUAUUGAUUAUAGGCGGACUCGACCCCCGAAACCCACUGGGCUCGUCAGGUUCGGCUGUCCUGAAAUACCACCCGCUUAAGGAUCGUUGGAUGCUGGUUAACGCUAUGCCAGAGCCCCGAACCUACCAUGCAGUUGCUUACAUUAAUGACACCAUCUUUGUGACUGGCGGCUACUCAACACUCAACAGGAAGAGUGGCGAAAUGGUCGCCACAAAAACGACGUUCAUCAUGAACACUAAAACGGGCAACUGGGAAAGACUACCGGACAUGCUGGAUGAAAGGGCGUGCCAUGCAUCAAUCGCAACAGAAGGGAGAAUAAUAGUUUUUGGUGGAAGAGGACACGAUGGAAGAUUGCUUUCUUCUGUUGAAGCAUAUGACUUGAAGAACGACAAAUGGAAACGGUUGAACUCAAUGCCCAAGCCAAGAAUGGGCAUGACUGCAGUGGCUAAGGAUGGAAGCAUCUGGCUUUUGGGAGGAAUGUCAGAGAGGCACAACAGCCCUACUGUUUCUGAAGUUCUUCUGUAUUCACUACAGCUAGACAGCUGGAGUUCAGAUUCGCCACUCAGGCUGCCUAGAGCCUUUUCAUCUGCAACUCUCAUCAAUGGCAACAUCUGGCUCUGUGGAGGCUGUAGCACUAGCACCGAAGAGAAGCACCCUGUCAGCAUGGACUCCAUUGAUGUUCACACACAGCAUUCAGAAUGGAAAAAAACUUGCACACUUGGAGUGGCCAGACACAGCGCUUCCAUUGCGACCAUAGGUUCGUGCAUAUUCAUCUUCGGUGGUAUCAACAGCCAAGAGUGGGGUGUACUCUCAAAGAGCACAUUAAUUGUCACAGAUCGAAAGGCUGUGGUGUCACCAAGCCCAAUGCCCCAGGCAGUGUCUGGACAUGCUGCUGUCGCUCUGUGGCCUUCAAGUAGUCGGCACCCAAUUUCAAGCACCAAGUGGAGUGAUGCCAUAUUUGAAAAGCAUGGUUGA